AUGGCAGCAGCCUAUCGUGUAGUGGUGAGCAGUGUCAGCUGCUACAACAGUGUGGUGGUGGACCGGCGCAAUCACUCCCAUGCUGUGCACUACUGCUCGGGGCCAUGUGGGGCGCAGUCCCAGGGACUGGACUGUACCGUCGCACACCGCGGGACCUGUUCGGAGCUGAUUAUUGCACCUGACACUGCAUACACUGACCCAAGUGGCUCACUCAUACACUCCCAUAACAUGAUCACCCAACAACUCCACAACCAUGGGAAAAUGACUGUUACCGUGGAUACAACUUAUAAUGGUGGUUUAGAGAGGGCGGACAGCAGUGGCAAUUUGUCUUUAGGGGAGGACAGCCCCACGUGGCGUGGGAAAAAGGCCCCCAGUGGCGGAGGCUCGACUGGGAACCUGAGCUCCUCUGGCAGUCUGAAGGACAUUACCGAAGAAGCCAUCAACCUGGCCAGUGGUAAGCUCAAAGAGUUUUCUUUUGACAAGCUCCGCCUCUCUUCCUCAAGCCACGUCACCUUCCGGAAAGGUCGUAAAGUCCGUCCUGACUCCCUCAGCCGUCGCUCCACCGACCUGGAGAUCAUCUACGGCCACUUCAGCUCCAACAUCGCCACAAACGGAACUGCUAAUGGCAUGACAAAUGGCACGGGUCCAUCGAAUGAUGAGAACCUGCCGCCAUUUGUGCCAGGAAAGGUCGCAGGCCUGGAGGAGACAAAGGUAAAGGGCAGCACAGCCACCUUGUCGGCCAUCACCAAAUUGAGUGGUGGAUCAACGAGCAGCCUAUCGAGUAUUGGGUCUUUUGACCAAAGUCUGACCACAAUGGCAUCCCUGUACCGCAACACCCUGGGAGAGGAGAACCUUAUUGCCCGUCUGCUGGAGAAGACACGAGCAGGAGCGGGCGCUGGGGGAGCAGGCGGGGAGGACAUCCGUGCCUGCCUUGACAUCCUGCUCAAAUGUUCCGAAGACUUAAAGAAAUGCACCGACAUCAUCAAGCAGUGCAUCAGAACCAAAGCUGGUGGAGGGCCGGAGGACGGAGGAGCCAGUCCUGACAGUGUUUAUCGGGCCGUGAUGACCCGACUCAGCUCCUAUUUGAAGAAACUACCUCUGGAGCUGGAGGGAAUCGGAAGUUUGGGAGGCAGUGGGCCGGGUGCGCUCGGAAGCGGGCACAGCGAUCUGGCUGAGCUGGUCAACACCCUUCACUCCAUCCAGCAGGGACCGUUUUCUCCAAUAUUUGGCAAUGAGCAACCUCCUCGCUAUGAGGAUGUGGUGCUGUCACCUCCGCUGCCAAAGACUGCUCCUCACUCUACAUCGUCCACACUUUCCUCUGUUUCACCUUCCUCCUCGUCUUCUUUAAAAUCAACCUCCAUUCAUACAAAACCAGUCCAAAGCUCCCCGUCCAGAGUCACUCCACUUACAAAUGGACUUCAACAUCCACAUCCUUCUCCUGUCACACAACACACACUCUCUGCCCCAUCAGUCACAUGCCCUCCUCCUGGCUCCUCUCCAACACAUUCUCCUUCCCCUCUUCGUACCUCCCCAACCCCACUGUACUCACACACUCCUCCAGCGUCCCCAAUGGAGGCUCUUUACAUUGAGGAGGAGGAGGCCGAUGUGGGAAAGACACCGGAACAAAUCUCACAGCAGACACACACUCCAACUAGAGGGGGGAACGCUACCCAGAACAAAAAUGGGAUAACAUUGGUUCCUCACAUGCACCUGUCUCAGCCACACACGCUCCAUAACUCUUCAAAUGCUUUGCCGGCCAGCCCUGGCUACAGCCUCAGUUGGCCUUCCUCCCCCUCACUGACAAUCUCAGCACCCAAAGCUGUCUCACACAGGAAUGAUGACAUUGACAAGCUUCUGAUGGACUUAGAGAAUCUGUCUCAGAGUAUGAGCCACCCCAGAAACACUGAGCCUCCACUUCCAGCCAAAACCAGGAAGAGAGAAGGAGGCCAGGGAAUCACCCCCAGUGAGGCCCUUACUCAGCCUAAAAUGGCCCAGUUCCAAGUCCAGAAGCCGGCCAACCACCUAGCCAUGAAUGGCCCUACCACCAGGACUCCCACUCCUCCCCAGGGAGAGACCAGUGAAGCUGUGGUGGGAGAGGAGGAGGAUGGGGCACUGCUGCUGAGGAUCCUGGAGAGUAUUGAGAGUUUUGCCCAGGAGCUGGUGGAUUCUGGGGCGGGGAGCACAGGGAGUGCUGAGAGGAAAUGUGGGAAAGAGCGGGAGGUGAUGAGGCUCCUGCAGGAUACAAUGGCCACUGGCCGGGCUGAUACCCCUCGGGAGAGCCCGAGCCCACCAGCUGCUCCCGCUGCUCCCUCCAUGCACACACAUGCAGCUACACAAGUCCCAGCUAUACCGCCAAAACACUCCCUGGCAAACACGGCUGCAGUUUCACCCGCACCGACACCAAUAUCUGAAGUCGCUUGCAAUGCUACAUCCGAAGCUUUGCCCAAACCUACACCUAAAGCUGCCCCCAAACCUCUGCCCACACCCAUACCUGAGCCUACAACUGAGGCUACAGAUAAUGUUACAGAAGCCUCUACAGGUGAGACUGACCCAACACCCAUCCCUGCCCCUGUAGUGUCCACACCUGCAAGCCUGCAUUCCUCCACACAUUCAGCUGAACCUACACCUGUGGCUGCACCUGAAGCUCCAGCCCCGGUUGCAAUCCCAACUGUGGCAACCACAAGAGAUGCUGUCGUUGCCGUUGGCGACGCUGUUGCUGUGAGAGACACUGGCUCAACUCUCCUCAUCCAGCAGACUCCAGAGGUGAUCAGAAUCCAGUCCAAACAGGAAAAGAAACCAGGCACACCUCCACCGGCCCCUGCCCUGUCCACAUCACCACCCACACCCACCCCCACCCCAACACCGCGCUCACCCAGCCCUCCUCCGGCUCCGGUGAUAGUCACCCCUCCUCCCCCGGCCAUCAACAUUCCCAGGUUCUACUACCCCCGUGGGCUCCCCGCCAUGGGCCCGCCCACCAACCACGACGCCGCCAUCGCUGCCAUCGAGACGGCCUUCACCGACUUUGAGGAGGAGAAGGCUGACAUAUAUGAAAUGGGCAAGAUCGCAAAGGCAUGCGGGUGUCCACUUUACUGGAAGUCUCCCAUGUUCUACUCAGCAGGUGGUGAGAGAACGGGCUUUGUGUCUGUUCACUCCUUCAUUGCAACCUGGAGGAAGUUGUUGCACAGUUGCCACGACGAUGCAUCAAGGUUUAUCUCCCUGCUAGCCAAACCCAGCUGUAGCUACCUGGAGCAAGAGGACUUCAUCCCUCUAAUGCAGGACAUAGUGGAUACGCAUCCUGGACUCACAUUUCUGAAGGAUGCUCCUGAAUUCCAUUCCCGCUACAUAACGACGGUGAUCCAACGGAUAUUCUACGUGGUUAACCGUUCGUGGACGGGUCGAAUGACCAUGAUGGAGCUGCGCAGGAGCAACUUCCUGCAGACCUUGGCCCUGCUGGAGGAGGAGGACGACAUCAACCAGAUCACUGACUACUUCUCCUACGAACACUUCUACGUCAUCUACUGCAAGUUCUGGGAGCUUGACACUGACCAUGACCUCUACAUUGACCCCAAAGACCUGGCAAGAUACAAUGACCAUGCCUCCUCAAACAGAAUCAUUGAAAGAUUGUUUUCGGGGGCCGUUACUCGGGGUAACGCUGUGCAGAGGGAAGGCAGGAUGAGCUAUGCUGAGUUCGUCUGGUUCCUCAUGUCUGAAGAGGACAAGAAAAAUCCCACCAGUAUAGAGUACUGGUUCCGCUGCAUGGACCUGGACGGCGAUGGUGUCCUGUCCAUGUUUGAGUUGGAGUAUUUCUAUGAGGAACAGUGUGAGAGGAUGGAAAGGAUGGGCAUCGAACCGCUGCCCUUCCAAGAUUUGCUCUGCCAGAUGCUCGACCUGGUCAAACCUGAGAGUUCAGGUAAGAUAACCCUCGGUGAUUUGAAGCGCUGCCGGAUGGCCCACAUAUUCUUUGACACCUUCUUCAACCUGGAGAAAUACCUGGACCACGAACAGAGAGACCCGUUUGCUGUGCAAAAGGACAUUGAUAGUGAAGGUCCAGAGCCAUCUGAUUGGGAUAAAUAUGCUUCAGAGGAGUAUGAGAUUCUGGUUGCGGAGGAGACUGCAAAUGAACAGCUACAUGAGGGGUCCUUUGAUGACGACUAUGAAUCCGAGGAGCUUCAAGUUUCUGGAGAUAUUGGGAAUAAAAUGGAAAAACUGGUCAUAUCAGACCUGUCAGCAUAGAACUCCUUCUUUUGGAAUUCCUUGGCUUUUCUUUCUGGGAAAAAAACAAACAGGAGUACAGUGAUAGAAGGUCCCUGUGGACGGAUGCAUCACAAAAUACAUGGACGUAAAGACACUAAACGGUUUUGGCAUGUGUUUCCUCGAUGACUCUGGAGUCUCCUCAUGACGGACUCAUCGUUCUUUUGUGUGUGUGUGAGACCAUAAACCAGUGCUGCACUGUGUCUGGUGCAAUAACGAAUCAGAAGUCAUACAGAGAACUAUUUCACUGCCUCCAGCUCUUCGCUCCGUCCGAGAGAACAAAGCCGACGAUGGGGGUAGAUGUGUAUGAUAAGCUCUUAAAGGAAUCAAGGCUAAACAUUUCACUGUAAAAUGAUGUAAUUGUGAAUUUUUCUACAGACAAUCCUGCCAGCAGACAAUCAUCUGAAGGUAGACAGACAGGUAGACUGUCAGUUACACGAAAAUACUCCUAGUUGGUGAAACUAGGGAGACAGAAACAGAAUAUAUAUCGAUAGGCACUGAAAACCCACAGACAUCUGCUCAAUAACGACACAUACUGACAGACACUGCCAUCAGAAACCUGCUGCCCGUGCAGCUUGUAACUGUGUUCCUUGUAGAGGAAGUAGUUAAACCUCCUUCGGGGAGGAAUCAUGUAACAGUUUGGGUGAUUGUAACAGCACCCCUCUGUGGCCAGUCUGUGCUACUGCAGGCCAACCCUGUCAUGCAUGGUGCACAAUUGGUGGCCAACUUUUUUCAAGAAGGAGAACAGUUCACUGCACAGCCUGAGCUGCUCUAUCAUUAGUGCGGCAUUAUAAUUUCUCCACCUCUGGACUCCCUUUGAAAUUAUUUUUAAAACCCUGGAAAAAGUCUCUGACGACAAGGACUACAAUGCACCACUUCAUUGUGUCAUUUCUCAGUCAGGUCACAGCGAGACAUAUGCACAUAAAAUGCUGCAUGUCGACGAACAUAUCAAACUCUCUGGUAGAGUUGCCCACACAUUUCCACCCGUAACAUUUGUCACGCAAUAGAUGCGCAUAACAACUGUGAGUUGUUCCUGUAAGCCUCAUGCAUCUAUCCAGCACAACAUGUACAGCACCUGGUAAUAACUUUGAUCUGUUUUAAGAAAUGUAUGCCAAAAAUUGUCAUUUUUCUGCUUAUACAUCUCAUUGUUGUACACGUUUGUAUAUGAAACAUCCAUUCUCCCUGUAAAAACACCACGCAGUACCAGACACACCACUAAAGAUGCCUCUUAAAGAGUCAGUUCAUGCAAAUUAUGAAAAUGUAUAUUCUCACACCUCUAUUGGUAUCUAGUCUGCAUAAAAGUUUUUUUUUUGCAGAAGCUUUAUGAAAUCCGUCUCUUGAGAUUUUUGUCUCAACAACAUGAAUUCAAUUUCCUUUGUAGCUGUUAAAACAUUUUAAAAAACAAUAUUGGAGCUACUUACAGUAACGGGGAGUUAUGUUACUGUAAUUUGUCUUUGCUUUAAGCACCAACUUACUUCCUUUCACCUUUAUUUUAUUGAAAUGUUAGCAGGAAUUUCAGUGGCGGAUAUAUUAGCUGGGCAAAGGAAAUUCAAAACUAUUUGCAUUGACAAAUACAGAAAGUGAGAUUUUGCCUUUUAAUUUGAAUAAACUGACCCUUUCACUCCAUUAUUUACUGUGCUGCACUCACAGGGACAGGUGCAUGUGUGCACACUGCCCUUACUGUAUUAGCUAGGAGCGUGUGUUUGCUUAGAAAUUACUGAUAGAGGGGUGUGUUUUAGGAGCGUGUGAUGUGUAGCUCUCAGUUUCAGGCUGUUUAUACGUCAUAGUUGUUGCCAUGGGGAUGGUGUUCCCGGGGUCAGUCAGUGUGUGUGUGCUUGUAUAACUCUUUAAUUAGGAAUGGGACAGCUUUUGUCCUCAUUGGCUUCAAAUUCACAGACAUAUACCUCCUUUACUGGCACUUACUGUACACACAUACAUUUAUACACACACACACACACCACACUACAGUUGCUAUUGAAAGGGAUAAAAGACGAGUGGAUGCUGUAGGUUCCCCCCUUCUGCUCUGUAGCCAUUGUAAAUGUGCCCCACUGUGUAUUAAACUAUAUUAUAAUAAUAAUAAUAGUAAUUAUAAGCCAUUAUAGAUAUAACGGCUCAGAUUUCUGAUGUAUUUUGAUGGUUUGUACUGCUGUGCCACUGUGUGGCUCGGGAUAGGGGGGUAAGUUAUGUUAGAUGUGUGUAUGUUUGUGUGUUCGAUGCACGGUGGAUUUCAUCAGCAGAAGAGGAGGGGAAUCCUCCGGAGGACUGCUCUGACAAUCACAAAAAUAUGAGAAACGGCUCAUAUGGAGACCCUCGGAGACUGAUGUUCCACCGCUGUGGUCACACACACACACACUUACAAACUCCCAAGGAGACCCACUCUUCCAAACAGUUUUAUAAGAAGAACUGUUGAAGACAAUGGGGCAUCUCAGAUUGCGCCCUGGUACUCCCACGUGCAGCAUCAGGCUAGGAGAGAAGCCAUGCAAGACUUUUAAUUUGAAAUGACAUCCCUACUUUGAGAGGUAAACAGAAGACUUUUAUUUUGAUGUUCAUACUCCGUGCAGUGGAGACUUGAGUAGGCUGAGACGUGUUCAGAUCUUGACGGUAAUUGUGUUGGCAUGGUUUUCUUUCUGUCAAUCACUUUACUUUCUUUCUUUCUUUCUCUUUCUCUUAUUUUCUUUCUUUUUUUUCUUUUUUCAUCUAUUUCUUUCUUUUCUUUUCGUGGCCCUGCCCCCUGUUAUUUGUUGCUUUUGUCUGAAGUUUAAAAGUUUAAAUAAAGA